AAGUGUUGGUGAACUUGAAAUGGCGCAAGGUUUCUGUGAAAAUUUUGUGGUUUUAUGAAUGUGCAUAAAAUAUAUUUCUAAAGAAAUUGAAGAAUUAAGAAUGAGAAUCACUUUUUUGGAUUGUGGAUCUGUAGAAUUAUUAUGUCAGGUAGAACCCCAUGAGAUGAACUGCAAGUAGGGUGUGUGACAGUGCUAGAUGUUUCUGUGCGGUGGUGCAUCUGCGAUGCAUUACUUGACACGCAGCGUCCGACGGUGCACUGCGUACAAGGCGGCGUUCAAGUGCUGCGAAACUUAUAUGCACCAGCUCGGCUUCAGCUCAGCGUGUCAGCGCGCGUCCUCCCGCCCCCACGACCCGUGGUGGGCGGAGAAGUGGCGACGCGGGCGCGUGUUGGACGGAGGACAAUGUGCUCGUUCGCGUAGUGUCGGUAACUGCGAGAGCGACGGAACGCAGCAGCCGGCCAAGAAGGGAAACAGCGUCUCGCUGGCGAGGGCGCUGGUAGAACGCAUGCCGCUCGGUAUCCAACCAUACUUGCGGCUGAUGAGGAUAGACAGGCCAGUAGGCUCCUGGCUGCUGUUCUGGCCGUGUGGCUGGAGCAUCGCCGCGGGCGCCGGCCCCGGCUGCUGGCCGGACCUCGGCCUGCUGGUGCUGUUUGGGCUGGGGGCCGUCGUCAUGCGGGGAGCAGGCUGCACCAUCAACGACAUGUGGGACAGGGACAUAGACAGCAAGGUGAGCCGUACGCGCGACAGGCCGCUGGUCACAGGUCAGCUGACGCAGGCGGACGCCCUGGUGUUCCUGGCGGGCCAGCUGGGACUGGGGCUACUUAUCCUGCUGCAGCUCAACUUCUACAGCAUCCUGCUGGGGGCCAGCUCGUUGGGCCUGGUCAUAAUCUAUCCGCUGAUGAAGCGGGUCACUCACUGGCCACAGCUGGUGCUGGGCAUGACGUUCAAUUGGGGGGCCCUGCUGGGCUGGUCCGCAGUGCGGGGCUCCUGUGAUUGGGCCGCCUGCUUGCCGCUGUACGUCGCCGGCAUCUGCUGGACAAUAGUGUACGAUACCAUAUACGCCCACCAGGACAAAGCCGACGACGUUGUCCUGGGUAUCAAGUCUACUGCCUUGAGGUUUGGUGAUGACACCAAGCUCUGGCUGUCUGGUUUUGGGGCGGUGAUGGUUGCCAGCCUGAUACAGUGUGGGGUGCAUUGCCAGCAGGAUUGGCUGUACUACACUGCGGUGGGACUUGUGGCUGUACAUCUUGCCAAACAGUUGUACACACUGGACAUCAACAGCCCUAAAGAUUGCUCCACAAAGUUUAUCUCAAACCAACGAGUGGGUUUGAUUUUAUUCAUUGGAAUAGUUUUAAGUAACUUGUUAAAGUCCAAAGAAGGCACAAAUCAAUCUCCUUCCACUACAGUCAUUAGAGAACAAGUUGCUAGUUAGAGAGUUAUUGAAGAAUAGUUAGCCUGCCUACAUGGAGAUCCAGCCGUUUGCUGGUGAGAUAAGUUUGUCUAUAUUAAAUUUAGAUGCACUUCAGUUUUCUUUACCUAUACCAUGUGCAGACAGUAACUAAUUUAUUUUACACAUAAUCUAAUAUAAUUUUUUUGGAAAACACCCAAAUAAUUUGUGAGGCAAUCAGUUUUGGAAAUUGGGGUGAUAAAUGGUAAACAACUUGAAGCCUAGCUCAAAUUGUGAUAUAUUUUCCCUCAAAUUAUAGGUUUAUAAAAGUUACCUGUGCAAAUUAUUAAAAACAUUUGAAAAUUCAUUUUGAGCUGCUUCAAUCUGAAAUAAGAUGUUAUUGAAAUGUUAUGUUUACAGCAGCUUUCUGAAACAAAAGGGUCCUUGUUUGUGUGUGUAAUUCUGAUGAGCAGAGUUUGGUACAUCUGUGUCAAUUGAAGCCACAUUAUGGAUUAAAUAACUUUUGCAGAUGUUGGAAGUAACCCAUACUUCAGGCUGCUCUUCUCCCAAAAUUUAGUGGUUCUUAGCAAUUUAUAACUGCCAGAUUUGUUUCAAAGUAGUAACCCUUGCCUGUGUGCACAUGAACAGCUGUGACAUUUCAGUUAUAGCAUCUUAAAGUGCAAGAAAUAUUGCCUAUAUCAGAAAAUUAAUUGCUGCAUAAACUUUAAUUACUGUGUAAUUCAGAAAAUUCCAUGAAUUAUCCAUAAUGUAGGAAUGCAUAGAUUUUAUAUGUAAUAAAUGGAUAUCUGCAAUCCUUUCUCUCUUAUGCUCUGUUAAUAUUCUGGUGUUGCUUGUAUAACAUGUAGGUAUAUUGCUGAUUAAUCAUUGCAAGAGAUAGUAUGUGUUUAGUUUCAAACUUUUAUUUACUGAAGUAUAUUGAUUCACUAUACCUUAACCGGUGCAAUAUAUGUAUAUGUAUUUACAUAUAUAUAUCUCCUGUACAGGUUAUGGGCGAGUGGAUCAUUCAAGAAUCAGAAUAAAUGGCCUGGAUGGUGUACACAAUACCAGAACAUUAUUGGACUAUAUAGAUUACUCUAGAACUUUGUUAAAAUUUCUAUAUAUUUUUAAAAUGGGCUUUUUUUUUAAAAAACAAAUCGUAAGUUAAGUAAUACCUUGAAUAUUCUCAAUUUUUUUUUAAUUUCCUGAAUGUCCUAGAACUUUUUGGAAGAGUCUGGAAUGUUCUAGAACUUUCUUGAUUUUUUUUAAUUGUUCUAGAAUUUAUUGGAAAAUUCUGGAUUAGUCUAGAAUUCUCAAUUUUUUUUUCUCUCCAUAUGCUCUAGAACCUAUCAGAAAAUUCUUGAAUGUUCUAGAACUUAUCAGAAAAUUCUUGAAUGUUCUAGAACUCCCUCGAUAAUGUUUUAGAAUUAAUCAAAACAUUCUCAAAAAAAAAAUUUAAUUAUUAAAUAAUUUAGAAUUUAUUGGAAAAUUUUUUCAAAACCAUGGUUUUAAGGGGACAGAGGGUCAAAGCAGUACACAAACAUGCUCACAUUUAGAAUUUUUCCAAAUACUGUACUAAUACCUUUAUUUCAACCUAUAUUACAACUCAAAUUAUCAAUGUGUUUGCACAACUGCAGUUAAAUAUUUAUGUGUACACUAUAAAUGUGCCUAAUCUAGUCAUGUCAAAACAGUGUAAAUUGCUAAAUUAAAUUGUAAUAAAAAGUAUUAUUAAAUUUUUCA